AUGAAUACAAUUUAUCAAUAUUUUACUGAGCCUAGUUCAUCAUCUUCAUCAAGUUCAUCGAAAAAAUCUUCAUCAAGUAGUGUUAGUACUAGUAAUAAAAAAAAACAAAGAAAUCCACCAGUUACAACAAAUAAAGAAGGAACAAUAAAUAGUCCAUCAUCACAGAAAGACCAACAAUAUCAAGAUGCAUUACGAGAUUUGAAAAUUUCUUGGAUUCCAAAAUUAAUUGAUGAUCAAGGAAAAUUAUAUGAAGAAUUGUUAUUUGAACAACAAGAUUUAAAUAAUCAUAUUCCAUUACAUACUACUCGUCUUCAACAACUUGAAAAUCAAUUAAAACAACAACAAUCUUAUUUAACAUAUGAAAAAAAAGAUGAAAAAUUAAAUGAGAUUAUUAAAUUUAUUCAAAAUAAACUUUUACUUUUAUUUGAUGAAGAUUUAAUUUUAAAAUGUUUUGGAAUGUGUUUAUGUGAUUUAUCACCAAAUAAUGAUGAUCAAUCAGGAUAUUUAACAAAUGUUCUUAAAAGUUUACAAAAACAUAUUGAUAUUAAUGAUGGAAAAUUAGCAAAUUUAUUUUAUAAAUAUUAUUCUAUUAAAAAUUUUAUGGUCGUCUUUGGAAAUUACUUUUAA